AUGGCGAAUAAACCUGAUCAUAAUCUCCAUCACAACCACCACCAUCAAUCUUCGAGGAGAUUGAUGCUUGUAUUGUAUUUCACGAGUGUUCUCGGGAUAGGAUUCGUCGCGGCUUUCCUUUCUCUGUCUUCUACUAAUUUCUCUUUCUCCACCGUUUCUUCGAUCAGGCUACCGCCGGAGAUUCAGAUUCCGAACAUCGAUUCCCGGAUUGUUCAAAAGAGAAGCAAACAAUCGAAUGGUACAAAAGAUCAUGUCCGAUUCUUAUCGGCAACAUUUGCCGAUUUACCGGCGCCGGAAUUACAAUGGGAGCAAAUGCCGUCCGCUCCAGUUCCUCGACUUGACGGAUACUCCGUACAAAUCAAAAACCUUCUCUACGUCUUCUCCGGUUACGCCAGUCUCGACUAUGUCCAUUCUCAUGUAGAUGUGUUCAAUUUCACAGACAAUAAAUGGUGCGAGAGAUUCGACACUCCUAAAGAGAUGGCGAAUUCUCACCUCGGGAUCGUGACGGACGGACGAUACGUGUACGUGGUUUCAGGGCAGUAUGGUCCUCAAUGCAGAGGACCAACUUCUCGUUCCUUUGUCUUAGACUCAACCACAAAGACUUGGCUCCACUUUCCUUCACUUCCAGCUCCAAGGUAUGCUCCUGCGACUCAGAUAUGGAGAGGGAGGCUUCAUGUGAUGGGAGGAAGCAAAGAGAAUCGCAACGCGGUUGCUUAUGACCAUUGGAGCAUUGCUGUAAAAGACGGAAAAGCUCUCGACGAAUGGCGGGAAGAGGUUCCAAUCCCUCGAGGUGGACCACACAGGGCUUGUGUAGUUGCUAACGAUAAGCUGCUAGUGAUCGGCGGUCAAGAAGGUGACUUCAUGGCUAAACCUAACUCAUCCAUCUUCAAAUGCUCACGUAGACGCGAGAUCUUUAACGGUGAGGUGUACAUGAUGGAGGAGGAGGAGGAGAAGUGGAAAAUGUUGCCACCGAUGCCAAAGAACAAUUCACACAUUGAAUCGGCGUGGAUCAUCGUCAACAACUCCAUCGUUAUCGUCGGUGGAACCACGGAUUGGCAUCCGGUGACCAAAAGACUUGUUCUUGUUGGAGAGAUUUUCCGAUUUCAAAUAGACACUUUGACAUGGUCGGUGAUCGGACGGUUGCCGUAUCGUGUGAAAACAGCGAUGGCCGGAUUCUGGAAUGGUUACUUGUACUUCACGUCAGGGCAACGAGAUAGAGGACCAGACAAUCCACAGCCCGGUAAAGUUAUUGGAGAUAUGUGGAGAACUAAGUUGAUGUUUUGA